AAACGCGGGUCGUUGUCGCACUUGUACGAUCUCCUACCCGCCGUCCCGCUCGCCGCAUUCAAAAAUUAGGGUUUUUUUCUUCCUUCUUGCCGACUCCAUUAUCCAUCUCCUGCUCUUCGCUUCCUACCUUUCACUGCUCCUCUAUAUCUGGUCCACACUCCAUGCCCUCUCUGCUACCUUCUCGAUGUCGGGAUUUGCUCUAACCUAGAUUUUGAGGAAGUGGUACUGUAGGGAACGGCCAUGGGCUUCGAGGAGAGUAGCUGCCAGGGGUUCGUGAAGCAGGAGGAAUCUUCUUGGGCUAGAUUCAUCACUUACAAGCGGCGGAAGCGUGGUAGUCCCGACGCGGAUUCGGUUCAUUUGUUGGACACACCACCUGAGAGAACUAGGGACAUCGGGUGGGACCAUGGUGAGAUAAUUGAUGGCAAUGAAUUGCACUGGAGGUGCAAAUGGUGUGGAUUAAGCAAAUAUAGUGGCGGAGUAUCUAAACUGAAGAGGCAUAUUGCUGGGUCUUAUCCUGUUAAAAAGUGCCCAAAUGUUCCAGAAGAUAUUGCUAAGUUGAUGCUGAACCAUCUACUGGAGAAGCAAAACCUCAUACCCAUGAGAUUGACUAGGCAGUCUGCUGCUAAGAGAACGGAGUUGGAUAGUCUCCAUAAUAAUGAUUUUGCUAAUAAUGGUUGUUUAGAAAACAACUUGGAGAUGAAUCUGGAAAGUCCAGAUAGACACAUUAAGUGUAAUUCACCUAGAAUUAGUGCUCAAAGGUGCCCGAGCACUAAGCAAUCAAAGAUUGCUUCUCAACUACAUGCUAUCAGUGAGACUAAGGACGUGGAGGAUCCUGAUAAGAUGGUUUCACAUUCUAGUAAUAGAAUAAUCAGUCACUGGAAAAAUAUUGUGGAACAACAGUGCAGGUUGCCCUAUAUAAAACCUGGUCAUGGCAUAUGGAACGUUUUCAAUGAUGCACUGGCAUUAAAUCAUUCUCAACUUUCUGAAAAGUGGAUGGUUGAUCUUGUUGAGGAUAAUAAACAGCUAAAGGAUAGAUCGUCUGUGGGUUCUGAAAUGAAAAUUCAGCAACAGAACUCAAUUUGUGCUAUGACUGAUAAAGGACAAGAAACUGCCCAAUCAAAAGAUACACUUUAUGAAUCGAUUGCCAGCUACUGUGGUGAAGAUACUAACACUCAGAAAUGUGAAAGAGCUCUCCUUGACAUUUUGAUCUCAGAAAAGUUUGCCUUAUUAUGUGAUUUUAUUCGGGAAUUUGAAGAGGGUGAGGCUAAGAACUGUUUGGACUUUAGCUUCAUUGAUACAAAAUUAAAAAAUGGGGAUUAUGAACAGGCGCCAGAGUUCUUAAACCAAGAUAUCCAGCAGAUAUGGGAAAAGUUCCAAAAAAUGGCUCAAAAGAUGCUUAUUAUAUCAAGCAAUCUUUCAAGUAUCUCAACGGAGAAGCAGGUGGCUAACCAACUCGAUGGCGGUAGGAAGCAUUCUCUAAGUGCAGAUCCUACAGUACAGUCUAAAUAUAGCAGAUCAGAUUGUUCCAUAAAACCCCAUGAAACAGAGGCAGCUGAUCUGUACAAAGUUUGCACUUGUAAGCAGUGUGGCACCGAAGCAAAUGGUCAGCGCAGCCUCAUUUGUGAUGGAUGCGAGGCAAUGUACCAUUUCUCCUGCAUCAAACCUGUGCUUAGUGAGAUUCCAAUUCAGUGCUGGUACUGCAAUGCGUGUACUUCAAAUGGCAAGGACUCCCCUGAUCCAGCAUCUUCUGACAGCAAGAAAGACAGUUUGCACAAAAACUGUGCGGUUUGUGACAGACUUGAAGUUUCUGAAACACAAGAGGAUGCUGAUGAGCAUGGUAGUGGGGCCAUUCCAGUCACUGAUUGCGGGGAGAGCUCCAUCUCUAAUUUGAAUUCUGAAGAGCCACCUGAAUUGUCAAGAACCGUAAAGUCAUCUUUGUGCAAGGUAUGUGGUGAAUGCGAGGAGGAAGACAGAAAAUUCCUAAUAUGUGGUCACAUUCAGUGCCCUUUCAAGUUCUACCACGUCAGAUGCCUAAAAACAAGUCAGAUAGCUAGUGCUCAACAACUGAACAAGCAGUGCUGGUAUUGCCCAUCUUGCCUUUGCAGGGCCUGUCUAUGUGAUCAGGACGAUGAAAAGAUUGUUUUAUGUGAUGGUUGUGACGAGGCCUACCACACCUACUGCAUGAAACCACCUCGAACCAUGGUACCCAAAGGCGAGUGGUAUUGUGUACCAUGCAGUAUUGCUAGAGCAAAGGAAGGUAUGAAAAGAUAUGAGCAAUGGAUCUUGCAGCAGCACAGGAAGAUUGAAGGCGGGCAGAGUGAUGAAGCUAUUGGGUCAGUAGAUGUGCUUCCGAGUGUCGCUGAAAAGCUAAGCUCAGGCAAAAAGGGCACUAUAAAGCGGACUGCCCAGUAGUGAGACGACUGCAACAUGGUUGAAGUUUGUAAUGUUUCAACUUCUGGGAGUUCAAUUUGUAAUAUGGUUGAAGAAAUUUGUAGGGAUACAAAAUGUUACCUUUAGUAGAAGUAGAACUCAUAUUUGCCUUAGUGUUGUAAUUUUUUUGGGGGGAGAUGCCUUAAAAUGGCAUCUGUAAUGUCACUGAAGGAAACUUUUCUGGGUAUGAAAAUUGAAAAAAAAAUAUUUUGAACUAAUGCCUUUGCAAAA